AUGGAACCUUCUCUCAACAACCACACGAAAAAAAAACAGAUGAUUCUUCAUCGUCAUCAUUCCAUGAAAAACCUCUGCGCAUUGCCACUGCUACUAAUAUUAUGCUUUCAAACAGUAUUGCUAUUCUUCCAUUCAUCAUGCAUUCAGCCAGUCAGAGGUGAAACAUGUUUUGGAAUUGCAUCGAGCAGUUCAAAAACUUGUUCUGGAAGAGGUGUUUGCACACCAGAUAAUUUGUGCACAUGUAAUGUGGAUUCAUCAUUGGGUUCUUCCUCUCCCUAUUCUGGAUUGAACUGUGAAGUAGAUUUGUGUUUUCCUAAUGCAAUUAUUUCUUAUAAUUGCAAUGGAAAUGGACAGUGUGAAAAUGGUGUUUGUAAAUGUAAGGAGGGAACUUCUGGAUUCAUGUGCCAUUUGAAUAGUACCAAAUUGAUGUGUUUUGGUGUGAGUGGAGGUGAUUCAAGAGUUUGUUCUGGUCAUGGAAAAUGUUUGGACACGAACGUGUGCUCAUGCCAAGAUGGUUAUACAGGAACUGAAUGUCAAAUUCCACUAUGUUAUGGUAUUCCAUCAACUUUGACAUCAAGCGUUUGCUCUGGUAAAGGUACAUGCAAGGGACAAGAUACAUGCGAAUGUCAAUCAGGUUUUUCUGGAGCUAAUUGUGAAGUACUUGGUUCAGUAUCUUCGCAAGGCUCAUCUAUUGCAAUUCCAGCAUCAUUUUGUGGAUCAAUAAUUGAUAGUGAUAACAGAACAUGUAAUGGAAGAGGAAAAUGUAUUGCCAAUGACACAUGUCUAUGUAUGGAAGGUUACAAUGACCAUGACAUGUGUCAGAGUACAUUCUGCUUUUCAAUUCCACAAUAUGAUGCACUGGUUUGCAGUGGACAUGGCAACUGCAUCGAUUACAAUACAUGUAAUUGUACUUCUUCUGGAAAUUCUUCAUUGAACUUUAUUGGAAAUGAAUGUGAAAUAGUUCAAUGUUUAGGAAGAAAUUUCCAUUUUUACAAUAGCACAGAUUCAAAUGUUUGCAAUGGAAAUGGUUUCUGUUCCUCUACCAAUGAUGGUUGCAUUUGUAAGGAUGGUUAUUACGGAGAUGCAUGUGAACAAUUUUCCUGUUUUGGUAUUUCAUCAACAAGUGAAAUUUCUUGUUCUGGAAAUGGACAAUGUUUAGAUAUUGACACUUGCUCAUGCUACUCAAAUUUACAACAAGGUUAUUGGAGUGGAGAAAAUUGUGAUAUCUGUGAUGAAAAUUACUCUGGAACGCAUUGUAACGAAACAGUAACUUGUCAAUCUGAAACUUUUUGUAAUCUUUUAGGAUCUUGCUUUAACAAUACAUGUCAAUGUGAAGAACAAUACUCGGGACCAUCCUGUAGUUUGUGUCAGGGUGGUUUCUAUGGUCCAUUCUGUAACCAUAGCUGUUCCAGAGUGGACACAUGUCAUGGACAUGGAGAAUGUUCAAGAGAUGGAAUUUUCUGUGAAUGUGAUCAAUCUAAUGAGGAUGGUUAUUGGGAUGAUUUGUCAAUGUGUCAAAAAUGUAAGAAUGGAUAUUUUGGAUCAAGCUGUUUAUUGAGAAUCGGUGAAAGUUUCGGUUUAAAUUCAUUGGGAAAUGAAAUUGUAAUUCCAUUAGUGAUUCGUCCAAAUAAUUUGCAGAAUUUACUGAAUUGCUCUUUGAUAUUGGUUUUGGAAAGUAGAAGAAUGCUUGGAUCCUUCCCUGAAUGCUGGAUUGAUUCGAAUAAUAUGUUGAGAAUUACCAUUCCAAAAGAUUCGACAUUUUCUCCAAUUCUUAAUUCUGAUAGAAUUGUUAUAAUUCCAAGUGGUUUUGAAAAUGGUAUUCAGAAAAACGAAACCAUUUCCCUUCCUUUUGAUUCUAUCAAUACGAAACUUGUCCUUCCAGUUGCCAAAAUCUAUUCGAAUUCAACUUAUAUUCUUCCAAAUAGUGAUUUAACUUUAAUUGGUUCAAAUUUACUAAGAAUUGAAAGAGAAAGAAAUCUGACAUUUGAAUGGUCUUUGAAGAGUAGUGAUUCUGAUUUUGCCUUAUUUCAAUCGAAUUUGAAUUCAAGAAUUUCGAGUGGAAAAUUUGGUCAACUGACAAUUACAAAAUCUGACAUUCCAUCAACUGUUACUACAUUCCAGAUCCAAUUGAUUGUUAGAAAUCAAAUUAAUAAUAUUUCCAGUAAUCCUACUCAUAUGACAUUCACUGUAUUGAAAUCUACAACUUUACAACAAGUUUACAAUGGAGCUUACAAUUUGAAAUUCAAUUUACCAACUCAAAUUCUUUAUGUACAUAAUGACAUGUUACCAUACAAGUUAAAAUACUCUCUAUUACAAGAUAAUUCACCUAUUUCACUUCCAAACUCUAGUUAUUCCAUUCAAUUUUCAAUUAGUCCAACACCUUCGGAUAACACUUUCGUUACUUUACAGAAUUCGAAUGGUAUUUUAACAAUUUCCUCAGCGUAUAACUAUGACAAUCAGAAUAAUGUUUAUGAAGGAUUCGAUGGUCAAGUGUUUAACUCUUCCAAGUUUUAUCAAAUUAUUGGAACUGUCACUCAUGUGCCAAGUGGAAAAAUUGUCACUCAAAAAUCAAUCAAAUCAUUCUUUAUUAACAGAAAUAGUGGAGCGAGACCUGAUUUUGAUACUGGUAGUCUAAAUCCUCUUCCAACACAAGCAGGUCCCGCAGCCAUAACCAUCCUAACCAAUGGACACACUUUUGAUUCAGUUGACUGGGAUUGUUUCGAAUGGUCUGGAGUUGGUGGAAAGUGCAGUAAUGAAUGGAUGGCAGCAAUUGCAGCAUCCAAAGAUUCCAACAUCCUAAACGUUCCACUCGACACUUUUUUCCUUGCUAAGAAUCCUCUUUACGUCAGAGCUAAGGUUGUGAUUGCUGGCAUUCCCUAUUAUCUCCAAAGCUCAGUAACCCCAUCUCAGGGAUUUGGUUUCAAGACUUUGAAUGGAGCAACUUUGUACAGUAUCAUUGCUGGAAUGCAGUUGGCCAAAAUUGAUCGAACCAAUUCUCACACAGCUGUCUAUUCUUGGAUGGAUUACCAAUUUAAGGAUACUGUGAAUGGAGCCACACUUACUUAUGAAGUUAGAGAUCAAGAUAAUAACUUAUUAACGCCAACAUCGUCAUAUAUUACACUGGAUACUAAUCAGAGAAAGUUUACAAUUUCUGGUUCAAAUAUUCCAACAAGUGUUAAAGUAUUGAAAAUCUCAGUUCGUUUUACAGUUCCUAAUUUUACCAAUUUUAAAUAUAGAGCUUAUCUUUAUUUGGUUCCAGAUGCAAUUACCCAACCUAGUCCAACAUCAGUGUUGAAUUAUACUGUUUUGGAAAAUGGAUUGAGAAAGUAUACGUUAAAUUAUCAAUUGACCAAAACAUAUGUUGCUGCCAUGUCAUCCAUUUCAUUAAAAAUUGGAAGUCAUAAGAUUAGUAUUGCCAAUGUCGGUCCAAGUCAACUUGUGAAAUUUAUACUUCCACCCCUCUUGGAUGCCAGCUCAAUAAUUGCUGAUGUGACAUAUGUCGAUAAUAGAUAUGUCGGUGGUGCUAGCUCCAUUACACAACAAUUCACAUUACAUUCUCUACCUGCCGAAAGUCAAUCAUCUGAUUCUUUUAUUCGUUCCAUGCAAGAAUCCAUUCGAACAGAUGCCACAACUUAUUUAGGUACUAAUUUUGUAAUGUUAAUAAUGAAUAUUAGAUAUUUGGGUGAGGAAUAUGAUUUCCCUACCAUGUAA